CCCAUUAAAGUGUAGCAAAAGAAAAACCUAGUUUAGUUUCCGUGUCUCUUACUUUAUAAGCUAACAUCAUCUGUCUCCUGCCAAGUUCGUCGCCCAGUUUCUUCAUCAACUCAGCGGCUCCUAUCUUCUUUGUUCUCUGCUUAAGGAACUUGAAAAGAAAGGUAGUAGAAAGCUAUGGCUUACGCACCACCAAUGAAGCAAGGAAAGACUGGAUUUGAGGAGCCCCAAGAGCAGAUUCACAAGAUCAGAAUCACUCUCUCCUCCAAGAACGUCAAAAACCUUGAGAAGGUGUGCACUGACUUGGUCCGUGGAGCGAAGGACAAGAGAUUGAGAGUGAAAGGACCAGUGAGGAUGCCAACUAAAGUUCUCAAGAUUACCACAAGGAAAGCUCCUUGUGGUGAAGGAACCAACACAUGGGACAGGUUUGAGCUCCGUGUACACAAGCGUGUGAUCGAUCUCUUCAGCUCUCCUGAUGUUGUGAAGCAGAUCACUUCCAUCACCAUUGAGCCUGGUGUUGAGGUCGAGGUCACCAUCGCUGAUUCUUAGAUGCUUGCACUUUAAUUUACAAUCUUGUCUUUGAAUUCCAUCGACUUCUCUCUUUUUUGUUACAAGGUUCAGACUUGGUACUUUUUUUCCCUAUAUGUUAUCCUUUUGAAUUUGUUAUUGUUAAAACAUUUAAUUUUCUAGUUUUUGUUUUGCCAAAGCA